AUGGCAGGAAAGGGAAAAUAUCUUCCCUCUCCCCAUAAACGAAGCUCCAGAGGUCUGACUCAGGGUAGAAGCAGAGGCUUAACACAACGGCUUGACGAGGUGAUGCGCCGCAUCAAGCUCGGCCGCCCAGACGGUUUCGCCAUCCUCCUCGCCCUGCAGGGCCCCGUGGACCGCCAGCCCCCGGGGCUGAAGCCAGGGCUGCAGGUCCGUCUGCUCCAACACCUGGUGACCUACCUGCGCAACAAAGAGGCCGCCGGCGUUGUGAGUCUGCCUGCCGCCAAGGAAAGCGGUCCGGGCGCCAUGCUGUACGCCUUCCCUUCAGGGGAGUUCUCACAGCAGUUCCUGCAGGCGGCCAAGAGGACUGUGGGUAGUCUGGAUGAGGAGCACAUGGUGAUCGUCAUCGUCAAUGACACUAACUGAUUCCAGGACGGGUGUUUCAGACAUUUCAGUGUUUGGUCCAGUUCAAAGAGGUUCCAGUCAGGUCACACUACAUGUUUCAGUCCUUCUGCUCCUCAGUGUCGCCUUCAUCCAGGAGGGUGAAAAUAAUCCAGGAGGAACUUUUAA